AUGGAUUCCCUUUCUUCCUUCGUCGAGCCCUGGAAACAGUCUGUUCAUAAGGCAAGCAGUGAGCAACCCAAGGAAUUUCCGGAUUACUACCAACCUCGCAAUGCAGAAUGUUUGAUUGCGACUUCCCAGCCACGAUCCUUUCAACUUGGCACAGGCGCCUCUAUCUACACAAACUCUCUUCUUCCGGCAAUUUUUGAAGCCCAACACGAGGUUACACUGGUGACAUGUUUCUGGGCCUUUUCCAGCACACUUACCGCAUUGAGGGACACUCUCGAGCAGCUGGCCGAACAGCGAAAGCAGCUCAUCCAGACAGCUGCGGCAGGUGGGCCGGACGCAGAUGAUGUCCCUCCCCUCCGCAUUCGCAUCUGCUUUUCCUCAAGAUCACUUUGGCAGAAAUUGUUUCACACAUCGUCCAAAGAUGGAUACGUGUACCCUCCUUCUACAUGGCCCACCCAGCUUGGAUUGCCAAGUAGAGGCAUUCUGGAGGCCGGAGCAAUCGAGCUCCAGGUAAAGAGCCUAUUCUUCUUGCCUUUCAGCGUCAUGCACCCGAAAUUCCUUAUCGUCGACCGCAAAAGAGCAUGGUUGCCUAGCUGCAAUGUUAGCUGGGAACCUUGGUUAGAGGGCUGCGUCGAGGUCACCGGCGACGUAGUGCCGGGCCUGGUGAGAUUCUACCAAAGUGUAUGGGACAGGAAGCUUGGUGAACCGGACUGGGACGCCAGAAGUAAUUAUGAUCUCACGGGUGGCUUGGAUACCCACUCCUCUAUGCUAUCUCCGCUUGGACUGGCCCGGAUUCAAAGUCCAGCCAGUCGAUUUGCAACCACGCCUGGCACGGCAGUACCCACUCUGCUGCUACCGUCAUCGCACCAUCGCAACCCAAGAUUCCGUCCAUUUCCUUGGCCGAGCUCACCCACGCCGCCCUCUACACCGCUCAAUAUAGCCAUGCUCCGCCUGUUCGAGAUGGCCCAGCACACCAUUUGCAUCCAGACUCCAAACUUAACCACAGCUGCAGUCCUCGAUUCAAUCUUGGACGCCGUAAAAAGGGGGGUCGACGUCACUGUCGUGACUAGCAAAGGGAUGAUGUUGCUGGAACAACUAGUCACUGCUGGAACGACAACCUCUAUCUGUCUGCGAUCCCUUAUCCGACGGUACAAGAAGCUGAUGCAUGCGCAAGGCGACCGGGCAGUCCAGAGAGAGAGCAGCGAUGCGAGGGAGUCCGAUCCUGUGAUCGACCUGGAAGCUCAUCAAAGGCCAAAUUUCGGCAGGCUAAAGGUCUCGUACUUCCAUGCGGAUACCGAUAAUCGCCGCCAUGACAUCUCCGAGGAGCCCGUUCACUCUCAUUUGAAGCUGACCAUCGUCGACGGACAAUUCACAGUUCUUGGGUCUGGCAACAUGGACAGGCCUAGCUGGUUCACCAGUCAAGAGCUCGGCAUCAUGUUUCACUCGGCGGACUUUGCGAAAGUCGUAAGCGAUAAUGUUGCCGAGGUUUUGAAGGGCAGGCUCACCACCGUUUUCGAUUCGGCGCAGGAGUAA